AUGUUUGAUAGCCUAAACGGUGAUCCUCCAAUCUGGCUAAUUACUAUUGGAUGGAUGAUGAUUCUGAUUUUCAUCUUUUCAAUCAGUUCUCAUUUUUUCGUAUUCCCUUUUUAUUUAUACGUCUAUAAAGUGAACCGAAAACGUGACCAACGGAACGUCCUAUUCCCGACAAUCACUCAUUUUUUCAAUAUGGUGCAGACUGUGUACAUCUUUUCUGCAAUUUCACUGAUCUCUCUCAUUCUUGGGUUCUCACUUGGAUCGGACUUGAAUGCUUCAUCAGAGUGGUCCUACUACUUCUCAAUGUUCAAUUUAAUAAUAUGGUGGUCACUUUCAAUUAUCAUUCAGGUAUUUUACAUAUUGAUUAUUCUACUGGCUAUUGAGAAAUUCACCAUUUACUUUUUCCCAUCAACUGAGAAAUUUGUGAUAUCGGCGCAAAAGUAUCAGAUAAAACAUGUUAGAUAUAUGUAUUUAGUGAUAUUCAUUGUUCAGUCAAUUCUGACAUUGAAUGCGUUCGGAGUUCGGUUUUGGAACAUAAAUGAAAUUAAGAUACGAUCGAUAAUAUACAUAAGCUUUAAUAUCAUAUUCAUACUCUCGGCCUUGCUAUACGUUCCCAUAAUGUUCAGCGUUAGAAAGUUUUCCAAUCUUCCGUCGGUUCAACAGAACAAACCGCAACUAUAUAUCAGGUCGUCCCAUAAGUUUCAAGCGUUUGAGGAAUUAGUUGUUCUUAUGAUGUUUUUGGAUAUUGUUGUUAUUCCACAAAUUGUUCAAAUAUCAUAUAUCAGUUGUAACAAGCGAAAUAUGGAUACUUUGUUGAAGUCGUUCAGUUGCAUUAAAUUUACUAGAAUUGUGUUUAAUAGACAAGAGACAACGUCGAUUGCGCCACAGAUUGGAUUGGAGACUCAAUUCUAA